GCAGUAGCUGAGUGGGUGUCACCAUGUCUUUGCAGGCUGAUUUUGAUAGGAUCACAAAAGAUGUGAGGAAGCUGAAAACAAGACCAGAUGAUGAAGAACUGAAAGAACUCUAUGGGCUGUACAAACAAGCUAUAGUUGGAGACAUUAAUAUUGAGUGUCCAGGAAUGUUAGAUUUAAAAGGCAAGGCUAAAUGGGAAGCGUGGAAAGUCCAAAAAGGGCAGUCGAAGGAAGAUGCCAUGAGUGCCUAUAUAUCUAAAGCAAAAGAGCUGAUAGAAUAAUAUGGAAUUUAAAAUUCAACUAUGAGAAGG